AUGGCUGCAAACUCCGCCGCGUGGCUCACUGAGGCCAAGGCCCACCCCUUCCAGGUCAAGGAGGCUCCUGUCUACACUCCUGAGGCCAGCGAGAUUCUCGUCAAGAAUCACGCCAUCGCUAUCAAUCCUGUAGAUGGUAGCCUUCAGUCUAAGGCCUGGUGGUCCAUGAACUACCCUACUAUCCUGGGGCAGGACGUUGCUGGAGAGGUUGUCUCCGUUGGUCCCGAUGUCACUCGCUUCAAGGUUGGCGACCGUGUUGUCGGCCACGCUGUUGGCAUGGCCACCAAGCGCAUCCAGGACAACGCCUUCCAAGCCUAUACCAUCCUGCAGACCAAUAUGGCCAGCGAACUGCCCGAUAACAUCACCUACGAGGACGCUUCCGUGCUCCCUCUCGGUCUUUCCACUGCUGCCUCCGGUCUUUUCCAGGACGAAUUCCUGAAGCUUCAGCUUCCCGCCGAGCCCCGUCGCUCCACUGGCCAAGCCCUCCUAAUCUGGGGCGGAGCAGGCAGCGUCGGCAGCAACGCCAUCCAGCUCGGAGUCGCCGCCGGCUACGAAGUUUUCACUACCGCCUCGCCCAAGAACUUCGACUACGUUAAAAAGCUCGGUGCUAGUCAGGUUUUUGACUACAACAGUGCCACCGUCGUCGAUGAUCUCAUCAACGCUCUCAAGGGAAAGAUUCUUGCAGGUGCCAUGGACUGUGUUGGAUUCGCCGGAACUCCCCUGACUGUUGAUAUUGUCAGUAAGGCUGAGGGUAACAAGUUUAUCUCCUCUGUCAAGGGUGGCUUCCAGCCUCCAGAGGGUAUCACCCUCAAGAGCGUCUUUGGCACCACCAUCAAGGAUAACCACGUCGGCAAGGCUAUUUACGAGGACUUCCUUCCCAAGGCUCUCAAAGAAGGAAGUUUCAUUCCUGCCCCCAGCCCUCUUGUUGCCGGACAGGGAAUCGAGAAUAUCCAGGCUGCUAUCGACUUGCAAGCGAAGGGCACAUCUGCGCAGAAGGUGAUUGUCACUCUGUGA